AAAAAAAAAAAAAGAGAAAAGAAAACUAAGAAUUGUGAUAUGUACAACUUUACUCAAAUAUUGAAAAAACAUUUAUAGAAAAGUUUAUUUCAAGUAUUGCGAUCGUUUAAGAGACGGACACGCGAAUAAUCCAAGAUAAUAUCAAAACUUGAACAAGAAACGUAAAAUAGAAACCAAAGAUUAGGGUUUUCAAUUAGUUUAACAUUUAAGAGAAAGCAAAAGCGGAAGCAGAAGCAGAACCAGCAAUGGCCGAAAAAGUGGAAAUCUCACCAGCCACAUUUAAUAAUAAUCAGCAACAGCAACAAAAUGAUGCUCGAAAGGUGCGCAAGUCGCCCGAUUUUCAGCCCGUAUUACCAGGUGUCAUAUCCAGAGAGCGCAGUUUUGUGCGCACCUCUAAUCAACAGAAUAUAAACAAACGGCGCAGCUUGGCGUUCAAUGUGCCUGGAAAUCAGCCUGGACAGAUGCGUGGCAAGCCAGCGAUGGACAUAUACAGACCUCCAAAUGUACGCGGCGAUUUAGCCAGCGAUGGUGGUGCCAAUGGUGCUGGUGGUGGUGUUGGUGGUGGCGGUGGUAGUGGUGCUGGUGUCUCGAACAAACUGAACGUAAAUGCCCAGGAGUUCACAAUGACGACCAACUCACGUGCGACGCCACCGGCUGAGGCACUUAACAAUAAUCGUUCGUCCCUCAUCUUUCCCAUGGCUGGCGGACCGAGUCUCCUGCAGCAGCAGCAGCAGCAACAACAAUAUGCAACAGCUGCCAACAAUGCGAUCCUAAAUAGGCGCCAAGCGGGUCUCUCACUGGGCAACAUGCCGGCCAUGAACAGCCUCAAGGGUGGCCACCAUCGUUCCAUCUUGGUCACGCAUCCGAUCAGUCCCAUGGGCGGACAGAUUCCGCUCAUGAAUUCGCCAUCCAGUGGCAACAUACUGCAUUCGGCAAACCGAGUAAAAUUUGCUCCGGAGCCCAGAGCUCAGAAGUCGGGACAGCAAACUCAGUACUACAACAAUGUACAUCAAGCGUAUCAAAUAAAUGGCAUGGAUCCCUAUCUAAAUGGCACUGCGCUGCAGCGCUCCAAGUCGCUGUCGUCGGCUGAUGCACUGACUCGUGGCAUGGCGGGCUUGGGCUUGGGCCUGGGCAACGAGGUGGCCGACAUUGGACAAUUUACGCCUGAAAUACAGCAGCUUAUCGAAACGGCUCUGGAGGAUCCAAACAAAUUGAAUUCACGCUGCCUUAUGGAGCUCACUUCGCAGUUUAUAAAACGCGCCGUUGAGAGUCGACGAUUCGCUUUGCCGAUCUCACGGCUCUGCUUGAAUAUUAUUGCCAAGGAGCAGAAGGAGACUUUUCUGGAGGCGUUGCUCAACACGUGCCGUCAGUGGUAUCAGGAGCGCGAAAAGCUACUGUUUGCCAUCCAAGGCAUGAAGUCGCCGUCGCGGGUUCGUUUUACGGCUUUCAUGGCAUUUCUUACGGAAAUGUUUUGCCAGCUGAAACGCCGCCAGCUCCAGUUGCGCACCCACAGCGAAGGUACGCCACCACCCUUAGUGCUGCUCAGUUUGCUCUCCAAAUGCUGUGAGGAUUGUGUGCGACCUCCUGUGCGUUCGCUGUCCGAGAUUGAGUCCUUAUUCUAUGUGCUGACCUGCAUUGGCCAGGAUAUGGAGCAGCAGCUGCCGCAGCAGUUGGAGCAACUGAUGUCCGUGGUGCGCGAUGCGUUCCUCAAUGCCGGCGAUGCUGCGGCUGCCAUACGGCGCACCCUGUUGCAGUUGAUCGAGCUGAAGGCUUCGCAUUGGCAGCUGCCCGGAAACUCGGUGCUCUAUUAUACCCACACCAAUACUUAGUUGGACAAAAGAUUGGGAAUCGGGCGCAAUUUGCAAUUGCAAUAUGUAAACAGACAUUAUUAUUGUGGUCGAAUUGCAUUUAGGCCCAGUCCUCGUGCAACACGCAACUAUUUAUCGUACUACAGCAGUACAGCAUAGUCCAUAAGCAAUAUUUAUUUGUGAAACCGUAGCUAGAUGACUAACCCAGGCAUUAUAAUUAUAUAGUAUACGCAUAUUUAUGCAGCUCUCAACUCUUAGGCCGGCAACCGGAAACGGUAAUAGUUGACCAAGCUCAUUUAACCUUAAACCAUCCAGCCCCUCCCCUUCCCAUGUCAACCAACCUCUAGUAGAAUACUUCAUUCUGCUUAUAUAAGGCUCAAUUUAUACUAUGUGAAAUCCAUAUUAUUUAUGUGUAAUAAACACUACGCUAGUCAAAAA